AUGGGUCCUGCGCCUCGUUCUCUUCGCUCGCCCCUUGCUCUCUUCGCUUGCGCUCAUCUUCCCCCCUCGACUCGCCACUCGCCCUCGACUUGGUACUCGCCCCUCGCAUUUUCCUCCCAAAGACAUCGGUGGAUCUGUCGCAGGAGGCUGUCGGGCCUUCCGGAGCAGGCUGUUGGCCCUUCCGGAGCAGGAAGCCACCGGUCUUCCCAUCGAAUUCCAUCACCCCUACGCAGGAUAUCAUGUAUCAGCAAUCUCAAAGCGCACCGCGGGGAUUUUAGUUUGACGACUUGCGAGCGAGACUCACGAGUUAGGUGCGUUGACGACUCGCGAAUCAGGUUCAUUGGCGACUCGCGAAUAAAGUUCAUUGGCGACUACCGAAUCAGGUUCACUGGCGACUCGCGAAUCAGGUUCGUUGUUGGCUGGCGUUCCGGCCGGCCAGGUUUCCGACCCCACCCCGCCCCGCCACGCUCUCCCGCUCUCUUCCCUUCCCGCUCUCUCCUCCCCUCCCCGCUCUCUCCCCUUCCCACUCUCACACUCCUUCCCGCUUCGGGUGCGCGCUCCCCCUCGACUUCCCUCCCUCUCCCUCGCAUCCUCCCUCGCCCGCGUCCUUCCUCCCUCGCCCGCGUCCUCCCUCCCUCCCCCCUCUGCCGCCAACGCACCCAGCCUCGCAUCCGGUCGCCUCCACGAGCUCUCCCCACCCUCCUAGACCUUUCCCAUGCUCUCCCCUCCCUCUUCUCCCGUGCUCUACCAUCCCUCUUCUCCCAUGCUCUCCCCUCCCUCCUCUCCCAUGCUCUCGCAUCGUACCUUACCCCCCAAAGCGCGCCUCGUCCGGUAAGGAGCAUGGUUCAGGCUGUUCAGUAUGAAGCGGCGCACGUUGUUCAACGCGGAGAGCGCACCUCGUCUGCCACAGAGAGCGCACCUCGUCUGGCACGAAGAGCGCACCUCGUCUGGUACGAAGCGGCGCACCUCGCCUGGUACGAAGCGGCGCACCUCGCCCCCUCCCCUCCCCAACGGAGUGAUCCACCUCGCCCCCCACGGAGUGGCACGCUUCGUCCAGCAUGA